GCUCAAACUGCGGACGGAAGCAGCGGAGAAGUUGAAGUUUGACUGAAGUUUUCUUUAAAGUUAACCCGUUUGUUCCAGUUCUGAUCUGAUGUGACAGCGGAACCAGUCCCGGGUCCGAACGGGUCGGUGUUAGCCGUUUGUUAGCCUGUUAGCUUCCCAUCGAGCCGCAGACACACUUUAGUGACAGGUUUUAGUUCCAACAUGUCCGAACCAGGAGCAGAUUUCAGGGGACAGUUUCUGUAUGACCUGCCCUCCAACGUCAACUAUGAGUUCUGCCGGAUCAUGGACGGGCUGUCCGACCGGGACUGGACCCGCUUCGCCUCGGAGGUCCUCAUUGAUCAGACUGAAGUGCGACUGGCUGAGAGGAAGGAGAGGCGGACCGACCCGGUGAUGCACCACUGGGGGAACAGGCUGGGGCGUGUCGGUGACCUGCUCGACCUACUGGAGCGUCUUGAGCUGCUCCGCCCACGUGAUGUCAUCCUACGCUGGGCGUCCUCUGUAAAGCCUCCUCCUCCUCCUCCUCCUCCUCCUCUUGUCUCCAUGUCUCGGUUCGAUCCCCCUCCCAAAAAACCGCUGCCCUCGUCCACACAGGUCACCUACAGAAUGAGCUCCACAGUAGAUAGAGGAGGAGGAGGAAUUUGCCUACCCAGACCAGACCCACCCCCCCAGAGUUUGAAGUCUAACAUCCACCAGCCCCCCCAGUGUCCUCCAGUGAUGGCAGCAUGUGGUGGCGUUGGCUGCGUUGGCGGCAGUGUCGGCACUGGCGUGAUGUGUUGGCCAUAUGAAGAGCUGCAUGCUGGGACAAAGGGGUUCUCCCCCGUCCUGCAGGUCGGAGAGGGGGGGUUUGGAGUUGUGUACCGAGCAUCUCUGAGGAACACCGACUACGCAGUGAAGAGAUUCAAACAGGACUGUGGAUUAGACUGGGCUCUGCUGAGGGACAGUUUUCAGACUGAAGUGGACAAACUGUCAAAGUACAGACAUCCAAAUAUCGUAGACCUACUGGGCGUCAGUGAAGGCGGAGGGUCCUUCUGUCUGAUCUACAGCUACAUGGAGAACCGCUCACUGGAGGACCAGCUGCACAAUGACCAAGGUGGACUCUCCUGGUCUCAGAGGGUCUCUGUGGUUGAAGGAGCAGCGAAGGCCCUGGAGUUCCUUCACUUCCCCCCAAAAGGUCAAGAACGGCUCAUUCAUGGAGAUGUCAAGAGCUCAAACAUCCUGUUGGACCGCCACCUAGAGGCGAAGCUCGCAGACUUCGGGUUGGCUCGAUUUGGUGCUCGAAACUCUUCGGGACAAAACUCACGGGCUCAGACGACGACAAUGGGAAAAACAGCAACGGUGAGAGGAACGCUGGCGUACCUGCCAGAUGAGUAUGUGAGGAACGGAGAGCUGGGGACCACCAUAGACGUCUACAGCUUUGGAGUGGUGUUGUUGGAGGUUUUGACGGGUCGGCGGGCACUGGAAAAAGACCGGAAGUCAGGAAGAGAAAGAUAUUUGAGGGACAUAGUGAACGAGGUUCAGGACACUGAGGCCGACUGGAGGAAACAGCUGGAUCAGCGGCUGAUCUCAGCAGGGGGCGCUGGAGAGCCUACAGGCUGUAUGCAGAUGGUGGCUCUGGCCUGCAACUGUUUGGACAAGAAGAAGAAGAAGAGACCCGCCAUGUCUGAGGUGGUCGAGAAACUCCAGAACAUCCACUGCAUCCUGAGGAAGACUUCCUCCCUUCGUUCCUCUUCCUCCCUCCCUUCCAGCCUUCAACCCCCUUCCCGCUCCUUCCCUCGACCACCCCGGUCUCUGGACUCCUGUAUAGGGGCUUUGUCCAACCAGCUGUCUCAGAUGAGACCUUUGGAGGACACCUACCUGGCCCCAUCCUCUUCCUCCUCCACACCCCCUCCCCACCCACUCCACUCCUCCCCCUCCUCCUCCUCCUCCUCCUCGUCACUCCCCUCCUCCUCAUCAUUUGCCGGUCCAUGUGAAACCGAUGAGAGUCGAGGUUUCUCCCAGUAUGAUGUUCGCUCCCAGUUCUCAGGACCUACUGGGACCCAAUUCAAGUCUAAUGGGACCUGUUCGAGGUCUCUGUCCCCGUCCACCAGAGACCAUUACCACAGUCAGACUGGGCCCCCAGAGUCCCAGUCAAAGCAGCCUUCUGUCCCCACUGAGGACCAGUACAAUUUUCCACCUCAGUCAGGAGUCAUAUCACGACCAGAAACAGCAGGGGGCGCAGGACCAAUUCAGCCGAGGGUCUGCAAGGUCCCAGAAUGCCUUUCUCCUGGAGGGUCCCUACAGUCCUCGUCUCCAGGUCCCUCAGUCCAGCUGAAUCCCAGUAAACAGCAUUUACUGGUGAAGAAUGCUCUGUACGAGGAGGGAAGAAUCGACACACCUGAACUACUCUCCUCUGAAAACAUCUAUGCGGAGAGAAGUUCUGCAGAGUCCAGAGGCCCAGAGGAAAGUGAUGAGCUGGAGUAUCUUUCCUCUGAACACAAAUGAACGACUGUUUCUGUUUCGAACUCUUUGACCGAUCGACAUGCAUGAUGCUGUCACACUGUUAUAUUUUCCCGAAGGACCAAAGAUGAUUUAGUGUUUUAUUAAUUGGACAGAGUCUGUUUAUCAGUGUUUAAAAUCUACAGAGACACCAGGGGCUGCAUUCAUAAAGGCUAAGAGUUGAUCAUAUACAGGAGAAAACAGUGGAAAAGUCAGUGAUGUAGAGGAAAUGUUCUCUAAACAUUUUAUGGUACUGAAUUAAUAAAGAACAAUAGAUUAUACUGUUGCAUGAACAACAUGAAUCAUGGUCAUGUACCAAAAACAUCUGAAAUAGUUUUACUCAACCAUUCCCUUUCUGUUAAUGCCAAGUAGAUUAAAUAAAUAACCAGGUAAGUAAAUAUAGAAAUAAACAAAUAAUGUGGAACAAUUAUGAGUGGGAGGAUUGCGGACUUAUCACUGUGAAUUUUACUACAUCACUCCUUAGCUACAACUCUUUGCCUUAUGAAAUUUUCCUCAGAUUGUUUGUGAAUACAGCCCCAGAGCUUCACUAAGGUUUCAUCCGUUAUCCAUUUCUGGUUUUACAUUUUCUCUUAUGUCACCUCCUCAUAUUAUUUAGUAAACCAAUAAGCUUACCAGCACAUCACAAUGAUCCUGCUGCUUUUUACUGAUGUGAACAGCAGGUGAAUCACACACAUUCCUGUCAACUACACUAAAAAAAAAAAAAUAUAUAUAUAUAUCAUCAGCGCUCGCCUUAAUCAUCAGCAUUCCAACACGGCACCAUAAAUACACGGAUUUACAGCAGCAGAGGUACUAAAACUAAUCAGAUAAAAUUAGUGACUUGUUUGUUUUCAGUACCACUCAUAUCAACUAUUUAUUUUUAAUGUUUAUUGAUGUUUCACAGACAUAUGUGAUUCUUUGCCAAAUAUUUUAUAAAAUACAAAAUAUGUUUUUAAUGCUUGGA